CUCUUCAAACCAUUAGCGGACGUAAUGUAUGGACCGAACCAUUGGUUGAAUGCAUGCAUGCAUUGAAUGCACGCCUUAUUUGUCGCCUGAAAACCGCAAUUCAUUUUCAAUCGUGAAUUGAAAUCACAAUUUGAUUGUCAAUUAAAAGCCCGAAAAACCACAACAACUCUCUAGCGAUGGCUCUGUCGGUACCGAAAGCUCCGGGUUUUAGUCAGAUGUUGAAAGAGGGGACGAGAUAUUUCUCGGGCCUCGAGGAGGCCGUCAUCCGCAACAUCGAGGCCUGCAGUGAAUUGUCCACUACUCUGAAGACCGCUUACGGACCCAAAGGACUGAACAAAAUGAUUAUCAAUCACUUGGAGAAGUUGUUCGUGACGUCAGACGCGGCCACAAUCAUGAGGGAAAUGGAUGUCCAGCACCCGACCGCCCGAAUGAUCAUUCAGGCCUCGCAGAUGAUGGAGCACGAGGUGGGCGACGGAACCAAUUUUGUGAUCCUCUUCGCCGGUUCUCUACUGGAAAGCGCCGAAGAAUUGAUUCGUAUGGGUCUUAAGCCGACUGAGAUUAUCGAUGGCUACGAAUUGGCGGUGAAUAAAGUGUUGGACGAGAUUUUGCCCAAACUGUCAGUCCAUGAGGUGAAGAAUGUGUUGGAUCUAAAGGAGGUGAUGAAAGCCAUUCGCUCUUCAGUGAUGAGCAAACAGUACGGCAACGAAGACUUUCUAUCGGAACUGAUAGCGAAAGCGUGUGUUUCGGUGAUCGGAGACAACAAAGCUUUCAAUGUCGACAACAUUAGGAUCUGUAAGAUAUUAGGCGCGGGAAUCGAGAGCUCACAAGUGGUUCAGGGAAUGGUGUUUAAGAAAUUGGUCGAGGGAGACAUGACUUUGGCUGAAGCGGCCAAAGUGGUGGUCUACACGUGUCCGGUGGACACACAGGCGACCGAAACAAAGGGAACAGUACUUAUUAAGUCGGCCGACGAGUUG